AUGGAAUCUAGUAGAUUUCAAUUUUCUUUAAACAUUACACAUUCAUUUUAUGAAGAAUUCUUACGAAUUCGUCCUCCGUGUGAACUAGCGAUUAAACGCGAUGAAUUAAUCUCGCCAUCGGUUAAUUCCCGAAAUAUUUCGAACCAUAUUAAAGACCCCAAAAAUUAUAAAAAUCCACGACCUUUAAAUUCGUUUAUGCUAUUCAGAAAGAAUUAUCAGGCCAAAUUAAAAUCAUUGGGUGUUAAAAAUACUACGAUUGGAGAAGUUUCGAGUUGGGCAUCUAAAAUAUGGGAAGAACAACCUACUCCAGUAAAAAACUAUUUCGAAAUUGCCGCUGAAGCAGCUAAAGAAAUUCAUAAAGAAAAAGAUCCUACUUAUAGAUAUUCCCCCAAAAAAAACCGCAAGACCAAAUCUAACAAAAUAUCCAAGAAAGCGCAUAAUAACACAAAAGUUGAGAUCAAUCGAUCUCCAUUUCCGGAUUACGAUCAACGCCCGGAUGUGGACAUUCCUCGUUCAAAUAAUCUUAACGGCGAUCCCAAUGAGGAUGAAAUUUUUUUCCAAAACCUCAUUAAGUACACGAACGUCCUCCUUUGA